AUGACAGAUCACUACCAGAACAACAUAUACCACCAGGGAGGUGGGGACAGCUAUGGGACUUAUGGAGAGGGUGGUGGCCAGGACGGGUACGGAUACCAGGCAGACUACCCUCCUCAGGAUGAGGAUGCAGCAAGCGAUGCGACUGAAGGACAUGAUGAAGAGGAUCAGAUGUACGAAGGAGAGUAUCAGGGGAUCCCGCAUCCUGACGAGGUGAAGGCUGCUCAGAGAGCUGCACGGGCCAAAGCUCGAGCAGCUGGCAGCUCAGUCUCUGAACUGGAGGAGUUAUCGGAGCAGUAUGAGGACAUCAUGGAGGACUGUGGCCACGGGAAGUUCCAGUGGACGCUCUUCAUAGUGUUGGGUUUGGCUCUGAUGGCCGAUGGCGUAGAGUGUUUUGUGGUGGCAUUCGUUCUACCGUCUGCAGAGAAAGAUCUGUGUCUGUCCAACGCAGAGAAAGGCAUGCUGGGUCUGGUGGUCUUCCUGGGCAUGAUGGUGGGGGCGUUCCUGUGGGGGGGUCUGGCAGACAAAGUGGGCCGUCGGCGUUGUCUGAUCGUGGCCUUGGCUAUAAACUGCGUCUUUGCCUUCCUAUCCUCCUUCGCUCAGGGUUAUGGCUUCUUCCUCUUCUUCAGGCUGCUGUCUGGCAUCGGUAUUGGCGGCACGGUGCCGAUCGUGUACUCGUAUUUCUCCGAGUUCCUUCAGAUGGACAAAAGAGGAGAACAUCUGUCGUGGCUCUGCAUGUUCUGGAUGAUCGGUGGGAUCUACGCUUCCUUCAUGGCUUGGGGAAUUAUCCCCAGAUACGGCUGGGGCUUCAGUAUGGGCACAGAGUUUCAGUUCCACAGCUGGCGGAUGUUCGUCCUCGUCGCAGCUCUUCCUGCCAUCGCCUCCCUGGUUGGACUCACCUUCAUGCCUGAGAGUCCGCGCUUCCUGCUGGAGAACGCCAAACACGAUGAGGCGUGGAUGAUCCUGAAGCAGGUCCAUGACACCAACUGGAGAGCCAAGGGGCAGCCAGAAAAAGUCUUUACUGUGACUCACAUCAAGGCUCCGAAGACGGCCGAGGACGAGUUCAUUGAGAUCCAGAGCGCCACAGGAACACCUGUGCAGCGAUGGGCCGUGCGCUCAUUCACACUCUGUAAACUGGUGCUGAGAAACAUGGCAUCUCUGCUGUCUGCAGAGCUCAGGUUCGCUACUCUCUUCAUGGCCAUCAUCUGGUUCUGCAUGGCUUUCAGCUACUAUGGUCUGUCUGUGUGGUUCCCCGACAUGAUCAAACACCUGCAGUACAAGGAGUAUGAGUCCAAGGUGAAGAUGUUCCACCGAGAACGGGUGGAGAACUUCCAUUUUAACUUUUCGCUGGAGAAUCAGAUCCAUAAAGAAGGAGAGUACAUCCGAGACAAGUUCAUCAGUUUAGAGAUGAAGUCAGUGAAGUUUGAGGACUCUCUGUUUGAAGACUGUCGCUUUGAGGACAUCAGGUCCACAGACACAGUGUUUGAGAACUGCACCAUCCGCUCCACUAUCUUCUACAACACAGACCUGUGGGAGGAGAAGUUCAUCGACUGUAGGAUGGAGAACACCACCUUUGAGCACAACAAGCAUGGCUGCCACCUGGACACAGUGGAGGAGAAUGAUGUUCUCAUCUACCUGGUCAGCUUCCUGGGCAGCCUGGCUGUGUUGCCAGGCAACAUCAUCUCAGCGCUCUUUGUGGAGAAGAUUGGCAGGGUGAAGAUCAUAGGUGGAUCCAUGCUCAUUUCUGCUGGCUGCUCCUUCCUCCUCUUCCUGAGCUUCAGCCAAUCAGCAAUCAUCGCUCUGCAAUGUCUGUUCUGUGCUGUCAGUGCGGCGGCAUGGAACGGCAUCGAGGUGGUGACCGUGGAGCUUUACCCGGCUUCAAAAAGGGCGACAGCGUUCGGCGUGUUGAAUGCUCUGUGUAAGCUGGCGGCCAUCCUGGGCAGCUCCAUCUUCGCCAGCUUCGUGGGCAUCACCAAAGCCAUCCCCAUCCUGCUGUCCUUUGCUGCGCUGGUGUGCGGCGGCCUGGUGGCCCUGAAACUGCCUGACACGCGGCAGAAAAUCCUCCAGUGAGGUGCUGCGAGGUCAGGAGGGGGCGGGGCUUCACACUGGAAGCUGUUUGACUCUGACUUCACGCUGCACUGGAAAGAAGGCGAGAACAGAAGCAACUCAGCUGUUCAUGUCCAACACCAAGCGCUCCUUUCUUCAUGUGAACCAUCUUCAUUUGUACAGGUCUGAAGGGGGUGGGGGAGGGUAGGGGGAAUGUUUCAGCUCAAGUUUGAUCCUUUAAUGAAGACACAAACCCACUGAGACUCUGGACCCACUGUCCAUUUAACCGUGAUGGAGGCUUAAAUCACAACCCAUCCUGUGCUUCCCGCCCGUCAUGCAUGAUGAGGAACAACCGUCUUCCAGCACAUUUAGCAAAAACCCACCUGUGAGUUGAAAUUGCAAGAGGCUGGUUGGAGUUUGGGGUUAAAGGUCACGUUUACAGCGUCACACAAAGCAACUACACAUGAUUUACCUCCGAAUAUUACAGCAGGUCAAUUAUCACGACUCUAAACCCAGUUUGUUAAAACAUCUUUAUUAAACUCUGGUGCUUUUACACACCAGUGGCAGGAAAAGCUGCUCAUGAGAAAAUUACAUGCUUCCUGGAUUGUUUGAGAUGCUCUUUUCAUAUGAUUGGAACAGACUUGAAAACCUCCCUUUAACUAACCCCAUUUAAACCACAGAGUUUCAGUUUUUGCACAGAAAAAAGGCAAACAGACAGAAAACAUUCAUUACAGAGAUGGAAAAGCAAUAUUUAAAAAGAACUGGAGCACUGUGUUAAAGUGAUGCAUGAAGCCAGAUUUUUUGAUCCAGUCCUCAUUUUUUCAUAUUUGACUUUAAAGUGAUCUUGAUGAACAGUUCUCCUGGUCUUUCAUUGGUUUUAUAUGGACAUUCCCCCCCCCCCAAUUAUCUUAAGACAAUCAACUCAGAUCUAUGAUUCAUUCAAGCCUAAAAAGGCUCCUAACUCAAGGGAUGAGCCGGUGUUCAUUAGCAAAUAUCAUAUCUCGCAAAUAUUUCAAAACAGACAGAAAAUAGGAUGUAAAACUAAAAACGGCCACAGGCCAAAAAACAUCUCCAGCACAUUUCUGGGAGGAAAAAAACAUAUAAUUUUAACCAAAAAUCCAGUCUAAAACCUGUCUAUUUAAACUUCUACUAUAGAUUUCUGUAGAAAUGCACAAGACCCAAAAGCUGCAAGAACAAUCCAAAGAUCAGACAAUCUGACGGAUGGAAAACAGGAUUUUAGCAGCAACAAUGUGAUUCUCAAGGAGCUCUCAGCUGGAAACUUGGUGGAUCUGGAGGUCAACAGAAGAGUCGGGACUAAAAAACUAUCUACAGCAGAUAAACAGGAUCUGUGAGUGAUGUCCUGAAGAAAUAGGAACAAAUCCUGCAAAUUCCUGAAC